AUGUCAGCUGGAUAUUUUCCCAAGCGCGAAAAGGUUGGACUUGAGGAUCUCUUCAAGGGCCUUGUCACCGCCUGCCACAUCCUCCACCGCCAUGACGUUCUCGACGCGUAUGGGCACAUUUCGGUGCGCUCUCCGGACAAUGCCGCGACGUUCUGGAUGCCUUGCAACAUGGCCCCAGCACUAGUAAGCUCUGCGGACGACCUGGUCGAGUAUCAUGUCGAGUCGGCUGAGGCAGUCGAGAAGAACGCGAAGCAAGGAUACCUCGAGCGCCACAUUCACAGUGAGAUUUACAAGCGAUUCCCUGGAAUAAACAGUGUCAUCCAUAGUCAUGCAAGCGACGUGCUGCCCUAUUGCAUCAGCGGAGUUCCUCUGAAGAACACAAUACACAUGGCCGGCUUCCUAGGGACUAACGUUCCCGUGUGGAACUCUUCCGGCUCAGACUUCCUCGUCCGCGACUCCACUCUCGGCGCUUCGCUCGCAGCAUCCUUUAAACCGGCAACAUCGGCUGGGUUCAUAUACUCUAAGGUCAGGUCGGCUCUCCCGGGUGUUAAACCUGAAGCGUCCCUCGAACCUGAUUUUGCCGUUAUGCUUCUACAGGGACACGGCUUUACUACGUUAGCCCACGGAAUUGAGGAGGCUGUGUACCAAGCAAUAUACACCAAAGAAGCCGCUAGAGCGCAAACCACAGCUCUGGCCAUCCACAACGCGUAUUUCAGCCACACCUUGGAGGGUAAAGUCGACAUUGAGGCAGGCGGCAAAAUUAAGUCUGGUAAAGCCAAGGGCGAAGGCGAUCUUAAGUAUUUGACUGAGAAGCAAGCUCACGACACCUGGGAGUCCAUGCAGGCGACAGUGUCCAGGCCAUGGGCGCUUUGGUGUCGAGAAGUGGAGAUUAGCCCGCUUUACAGAAACGAUUGUCCAAAUGGUGAGGACUGA